AUGAACAUCUCCAAAUCGCCUAUGUCUGGAUUGAGUCCAGUGGUUUCUCAAGUUCGUGUUGAUGACAUGGGAGUCACAUCGAUGCUUUCGAGAAAGGGAGCAGUUAUCAACGUUGAUCACGUUAUUGAUGAAGACGAGGCCAAAAUUUUGGCCUUGGGUUAUAAGCAAGAGCUCAAGAGGGAGUUUUCCUUGUGGAGUUUAUUUUCUGUCAGUUUCUCAGUGUUGGGGCUCUUGCCAUCCAUUGGUGCUUGCUUUGACUACCAACAAUUAGUCAUUGGAAUAACCCCGUUGCCUUGGCUCAUAGCCAUGAUCUUCAUUACUGCAGUUGCGUUGUCGAUGGCAGAAUUGGCCAGUAAGUUCCCCGUUAGUUCAGGCACGCCAUAUUUCGUGGGCAUGCUCCUGCCUCCCUUUGCCAAAGCUUACCUCGUCUGGUUCACCUCCUGGGCCAAUUGGCUCUGUCAGAUCACGGCAGCUCCAUCUGUUAGCUACUCGUGCGCCAGCAUGAUGCUUGCCCUUUAUUCAUUCACCAGCGAGUACAUCCCAACAAACGGACACGUGUUUGCAUUGAGCACAGGAGUACUCGUGGCUUCUGGCGUUCUCUGCGUGUUGCCUUCAAAAUGGGCUGCUAGAAUCAACACCGCGGGCAUGGUUUGCAAUGUGCUUUUCCUUGCAAUCGUGUUUGUGAUGAUGUUGGCGGCAAACAAGAGGGUUGAAAUCAAUGGUGGAGGCAUUUCCAAAUUCAACUCGAGCUCGAUCGCGUGGUCAAUAACAAACCAGACAGAUUGGCCCACUGGAAUUGCCUUUUUGCAGUCAUGGUUGGGGGUCAUUUGGGCAAUGUCCGGGUACGAUUCACCCAUGCACCUAGCAGGUAUGUCAUUUUUUUUCAUUUUUUUUCAGAAAGCGAACUGAAAAGACUUCAAAUGGGAACUUUUUUACUAACCCCCAGAUUCUUUUUAGAGGAGUGUUCGAAUGCGUCUGUAGCAGUGCCAAAGGCCAUCUGCCUCGUUGCUGUUUGCGGAGGUGCCAUGGGCUUUUUCUAUUUGAUUGCCAUUGCAUACCUUUGUGUGCUGAUUGACGAAAUCAAUGCUGAUCCUCAAGGCCUUGGACAACCGUUUGUCACUUACUUGUCCCAAGUUUUAGACCACAGGAUGGUUAUCGCAGCGACAGCUUUAACCACCAUCUCGUCCUUUUUCAUGGCUCAAAGUUGUCUCUUGGCUUCGUCCCGUGUGACCUAUGCAUAUUCCAGAGAUCGACUUUUUCCAUUUAGCAACUUGUGGAAACGCGUUUCCCCCUGGACCCAAACUCCAAUCUUGGCGGUGAUAUUGAACGUUGUCAUUGGCACUUUGUUGCUCUUGUUGUGUUUUGCUGGAGAGGUGGCCAUUUCUGCAGUCUUUUCCAUCGGGGCCCUUUCAGGUUUCUUGAGUUUCACCGUACCAAUCCUUUUGAAAGUCACUUAUGCGCAAAAGACAUUUGAGCCAGGUCCAUGGCAUUUGGGCAAAUUCUCGCAACCAAUUGGCUGGAUUGCGGUUGCCUUUGUAGCGUUGAUGAUCCCCAUCCUUUGCUUCCCAUAUGUGAAAGGUUCGGAAUUGACUCCAGAGAACAUGAACUGGACCAGCUUGAUCUUCGGUGGACCAAUGUUGAUUUUCACAAUUUAUUUCUUUGUUGAGGCGAAAAAGUGGUAUAUAGGACCACUAAGCAACAUCGACGAAGCGGAUAUCACGUAUGAAGUUAAUGAACAUGGCGAUGUGGAAGAGAAGGACCACAUUAUACCUGUUUAUGAAGGAAAAGAGGGCAGUCAAGAAGAACUGAACCUGAGCAUUUCCAACAAGAGGCUGAAAGAUAUAUAA